ACGUGAAAAGAAAUAAAAAAAUAGAAAAAGAUCCAAAAAAUUCUCUUUAUCUAAUAACGAGAAUUUGUCAAGUGAUUUCUAUAAUUGAAAUUUCAAAAGAAAAUUUACAAGUAUCAAAUAAUUGCAGCGCGCAAUUUCUUCAUUUCCAAUUGAAUAACAAUUAUUUGUAAUCGACGAAAUCCAAACAAAAGUCGUGUACAUAUAAAAAUGUCGGACACUGGAAACAAUAAUUGUGAUAAUAAACCACAACAAGAAGAUGUUGUAAACCUUGAGGAGCCACAAUCACAAUCCGAGGCGGUACCAGAGGUACCACCAGAAGUUGUUGAAAAUAAACCAGUUACACCCGUUAAGAGAACUCCAUCUAAACGACUUACAGCUGUUGAGCGUGCACAGCGUGAAAGUGAAGAGUUGGUUAAAACUCUUGGCGGUAGCCUGGACAUUGAGGGUGGUCGCAAAACCCGUUCAAGCACAAGAGGCACACCAUCAAGAUCAAAUGUGGUACAUACUCCUCCACCAACCAAGCGAGCACGAGGAACAGGAACUCCAAAACGUGGUCGAGGCAGAAAAUUAGAAACUGCUAUCGAAGAUGAAAUAAAAACAAGCCCUGAAAAAGCUCCCUCAGAGCCAGAAUCAAAUCAUGAAGAAAUUGAGAGUACUUCAGUGGAUGCAACAAAAACAGAAGAAAAAGCCGAUGAAGAUAAAUCCGAAACAAUUGAAACUCCAUCCGAAGUUGCCGAUGAAAAACCAUCUCCAGCGAAACAAGAUGAUAAACCUGAAGCUAUGGAAGUUGAUGGUGUAAGCAAAGACACUGCAACAGAAUUGGAAGAAGUAAAUGAAAGUGAAGAAAACAAAAGUGAAUCGUCUUCGAAACCAAUUGUCGAUGAAUUAGAAAAUACCGAUAAAGUUGCUGAUGAACCUCUUGAGAGUUCAAAAGAUACUAAAGAAGUAGCUGAUCCGCCGUUAUCAACGGAUGUAGAAGAGAAAGCUCCUUUGGGUAGUGAAAGUGUUGAAUCUGCACAUGAAAACAAUGUAACAGCAAAUGAUUUAAAAGUGAAUUCAAACUCGCUUCCGGAGGGUGAAGCCUCUCUGCCAACCCAAACACCAGCUACACCCGUAUCAGUAGCGGGCAAUGAACAUAAAGCUGAAAAUAAUGAUUUAUGUGAACCAAAAAUUGCAUCACCAUCAAUAACAGCCAACAAUGAAGGGGCGACGCCGCAAUACUGUAAUUAAAAACAAUUUAUAAUUAAUUUUUUUGUUUAUGUAUUUUUUUAAAUUUACAUGCAGUGACUUCUUUUUUUUUUAUAAAUACAAACAUAAUAUAAAGCAACAUAUAUUAUUUUCCCAUGUUAAUUGAUGAUUUUUUUUUUAAAUAGAAAAAGCAAUAUUUCUGGUAAACCCAAAUCAAAAAAAAAAAGUAUGAAAUGUUAUUUCUCUUUGAUUGGUUGGCUAACAUUAUGUAUUAAAUAAAACAACUUGUAGUAAAAAUACAGAACAAAACCACCUUUUAUGAAUCCUGAAUUUAUAUUAAAAUUCUUCUUUUAUCACAUAAAAACCUGCAUUUUUUGUAAGUUAUCAAAUAAAAUUUAAAAUUCAAAUUGUAACUAAAACAACAGAAUGUAAAAAACACAACAACAACAAAAAAAAAAAAAACAAGCAACAAUCUUACCAAUAAUUUUUUUUUUUUUAACUCUUAGUAAAAGCUACUAUUGUAGUUUGUAAGUUGAAUGAAAAAAAAAAAACAAAUUAAAAUUAAAAAAAAAACAUAUCUCUCUGAUGAGAACGACAAAUAAUGUUAGAAUAAAAUCUUUAAAAUCUGAUGACGUUUUUGACUUUCAAAAAGUUAUAAAUGAGCUCAAGUUGUGUCUUGGCUAAUGCACGGUAUUGUUAGAAAAUAAAUUGACUUUCAAAGCACGUUACUUCUUUUUCGAUUCGC